AUGCGAUGGACGACAUUUUCCCUCGCUUUCUCCUACCUUUUUUAUCCAUCCGAAAGUAGUCCUACGAAGAACACGCCGCCAAGGCCUGAGCUCCUGCGAAAGCGCACAACGCUCGGAACUUCUUUCGGCAUCCCGGGUGACAAUGCGACAUUUGACUACGUUGUUGUCGGAGGUGGCAACGCCGGUCUUGCCGUAGCCGCCCGUCUUGCGCAACAGCAGAAAGGAACGGUGGCGGUCGUCGAAGCCGGCAGCUUUUAUGAGAUUGGGAACAGCAAUAUGAGCGAGGUUCCGGCAUUUACUAGCAUAUUUGCGAGCAAAGGUGUCCACGAUUGGCAGCCGAUGGUCGACUGGGGAUUUAUUACUGAGCCUCAGAUUGCCACGGACGGAAAGUCGAUCCUGUACCCGCGUGGGAAAUGCUUUGGGGGUUCAACGGCCAGAAACUUCAUGGUCUACCAGCGCGGCAGUGUUCAGUCCUACAAAAUGUGGGCAGACCUGGUCGGUGACGAAAGUUACGAGUUUGAAAGUCUCCUGCCCUACUUUGAGAAGAGUCUCAAGUUCACACCCCCCGACACGAGCCGAAGAUUCAAAAAUGGCAGUGUCGAUUAUGAUCCUACCGUGCUAGGGGACGGUCAAGGGCCUUUGUCUCUGACCUUCUCACACUACGUCCAAGCCUUCGGUACGUGGGUGGUGAAAGGACUCGGGGAACUCGGGUUUCCCGUCAUAGUAGUAGUAGUAGUAGUAGUAUUAGUUAACGCCGGGCUCGGCCCGGCUUGUUAG